AUCUAAGGUUUUUUUUUAUAACAAUUUUCAAUAAUAAUGGAGAUGGACUGAACUUGCCACGGCUACACGUGUGCGUUGGCUAAUCUUGGAGAGCACAGUCACAGCGGCCGGUCAAAACGCCAGCCAGCCUCCCCUCUUGAUACUGACAGCCGAUUCCAGGAGCACUCGGCUAUUUUUCAUUUUAUGGAUAGAACUACCAGAAGAGGCACCACAUCUCCUUCUGUUUGGAAAAUAUUUUGUUCGUCCCAGAUACCUCCUUUGGAAUGACCCCAUCUUGUUGAAGGAUAAAAGCUUGCAUCACUUGCUUUAAAAUUUGCAAAGAUGUCCAAAAAGCUGCGAGGAAUUGGAGCAGAGAAAUCUUUGUCACUUGAGGAGCAGCUAGCUAAGAUCAAUGAUAUUAGGAAGAUGAUAGGUCCUAUUGCUGACAAGCUUCCAGCAAUUUGUUCUGAUGCAUCACUAUCAAGGUAUCUCAGAGCAAGAAAUUGGAAUACAAAGAAGGCAGCCAAAAUGUUGAAAGAAACGUUGAAGUGGAGGUUGGAAUUCAAGCCUGAGAAGAUCCGAUGGGAAGAUGUUACUCAUGAAGCUCAAACUGGAAAAGUCUACAAAGCUAAUUAUUCUGACAAGAAGGGAAGGACUGUUCUUGUCAUGAGACCUGGUUUUCAGAAUACAACUGCAUUAGGAGGACAGAUCAAGCACUUGGUUUAUUGUAUGGAAAAUGCCAUAAUGACUAUGAAUCCAGAUCAAGAGCAAAUGGUGUGGUUAAUUGAUUUUCAACGGUGGACAAUGGGUAGCAUAUCAGUGAAGGCAGCUCGGGAAACAGCUAAAAUAUUGCAGAAUCAUUAUCCUGAGCGACUGGGCCUUGCAAUCCUCUACAAUCCCCCCAAAGUCUUUGAGUCCUUCUGGACGAUGGUGAAACCAUUCAUUGAGCCCAAGACAUACAAGAAAGUGAAGUUCAUCUAUUCUAAUGACCUAGAGAGCCAAAAGACAAUGGAAGAGUUAUUUGAUAUGGAUAAACUGGAUUCUGAAUUUGGGGGAAAAAGCUCAGCUGGUUUUGAUUACGAAGCUUAUGGGCAAAGGAUGAGGGAGGAAGAGAAGAAAGUUUCUGAUUCAAAUAUCUCUGGACCUUCAUCACCAGUGCUUUCUGUCACAAUGGAAUCACAGCAGUCAGGAUCAUUGGCUGCAGCUGGUAGGGCUUCUGAUGAGGAUGACUCUUCCUCUGUUGAUGAAGCUACUUCAAACUUGGAGGGUCUUGAUGAAGAAACACAAGAUCAGCCUUCUAAUUGCGAAAAUGUUGCAAAUGAUGAUGCAGCAGAAGUGGUGAAAGAGUAGAAAUAAAUUAUUUGCUGAGCAUGAUACUUCCAAUCCAGACAUUGUUGAUAAGCACAAGGCUCGCGACUUCACCUGAAAAGAUUUUGCAAAAUGUGAACUUGAAGCAGAAAGAGAUGCAAAACUCAGUUGAGUUGGCAGAAGAUGUAAUGAUGAGUCCUGGUAAUUUUGUUAUUCUUUCCAAUUCCUGAAGAUGCAUAGUUGCACCUUAUGCUUAUAAUAGCUUGAACAUGAAUAUUUGACUGAACAGUUGAUUUCUUGUGAAAAAAAAAAUUACUGUUAGCCAACUGCUUCAGUCGAGUGGCAGAAAUCUUCAACAUACAGGUGUCAGCCUCGAAAUGUUAUCCAUGGAUUUCUUUUAAAUGUUUCUUUCA